AUGGUUGCUAUAAAAGGUUCUGUUCAGUUUGUUCAGCGAUGGCGUUCAUGUUCAUUUCGUUUUUGCCGUUUUACAGUAGAAGAGUCUGAAGGAGGGAAAGGCGAUAGAGGGCUGCUAGGUCGUUGGGAUCAAGAGAACAGAAGGAGAGGUUCUAUGCGAAAAAGUACUUGGAUUGUUUUUCUGCCACUGUUCCUGUUUUUGUUCUUUGAUAUUGAUUCGUUGUUCUGUCUUCAUUCAGAUAUCAGGAACAGUGAGCUUUCAAAAUUUCCAAGUAUUUUGAAUACAGUAAUGGCAUCAAAGACUGUUUUGAGAGGAAGAAAGAGAUUGCUAAGACAGUGUGAUGUUGAUAGCUGUGAUAGUCAAGAAAACAUUCAACAGAUCUAUACUGCUCAGGACUCUGCUGCAGGAGCAAAUGAAUCUGAUCAUUUGUGCGUUCUUGGGAAUCAAUAUCGUCCAGUUAACUCAAAGAGGUGGAGAACAUUGUCUUAUCAACAAACUGGUGAAACAUCAGAUAGUUUUUGUAGAAAUGACAACCAAAGUUUUGGUACAGCUGUGGGUGAAGAUAUGUUAGUUAGAGCGGCAUCAAAUAUUCAUAAUACAGUUGCAGAAGAGUCUACAUGACUAUCACAGAUGGUCAAAAUGAGGCAACGGUUAUCAUAAUGGGAAAACAAGCUGAGCAACUCUUUGGAAGUAGUUGCAAAGAUUUGGUCAGCAAAAGAUCGUACCCAACAGAGGCAACAUUACCAGAAGAGAUAGAGAAAACAAGAGGCCAAAAGUUCCUUUUUCAGCUCAAGAUAAAGGAAGAUAGUGAGCUAAUAAUCAAAGCAGUCUUCCCACAUAUGGAGUCCUCUGUACCACCUUUUGAAAAGGACCCAGCAACUAUGACACCAGAUCCUGUUCCUUUUCAAAGAAAGAGAGUUGCUGAGACAAGUAAGAGAGGAUUAUUCAUAUCUGAAUCAGACAAGAAACCUAGAAGUGAGAGAGAAGCAAAGCAAGAUGAAACCACAUCAUUGUCAUCAGCUGAAAACAAAAAGACUGUUUAAUCCAGGAUAACUGUGGUGUACAGUUUUUUGAUGAAGUAAUCGAUUUUGUGUAGCUGCAAUGAAAGUACAGUUGGAACCACCACUGUUUUUGAACAAGCUCCACAAUCUUACAAGAUUGCAGCAACGAUCUUUUUGUAAAGCUGCAACUAUAAUAGCUAAUCUGACUAUGCAGCUAGCUUUUUUGUAAAGCUGCAGCUGAAAUGCCUAACAUUAUUGUGCAGCAAGCAAUUUUUGCA